AUGACCGUCCACAAUAAUCCGCCGCCUCGCGUUCUGCUCGCCAAACUCGGUUUGGACGGCCACGACCGCGGCAUCAAAAUCAUCGCCCGCGCCCUCCGCGACUCUGGCAUGGAGGUCGUGUACCUGGGGAUGCGCGUAACCGCCGAUCAGGUUGCCGCCGCCGCCGCCCAGGAGGAUGUGGACGUCGUUGGCAUCAGCAUUCUGUCCGGAGCGCACAUGCGGCUCAUCCCCCGCCUGAUCGAUGCGCUGCAACGCCACGGUCUGGCAGACGAUAGCGGCGACGGCGGCGUGAUGCUGCUGGUCGGCGGUACCAUUCCCGACGGCGAUGUUGAACCCCUCCACCAGCUGGGAGUCAACGGCGUGUUCCCCGUGGGAAGUUUCACCGGCCAAAUGGUCGAUUUCAUCCAAACCAACCUCCCCCGCCAAAUCCCCUCCCCGGUCGACGGAGAGGGAUAA